UUAGCCCGUUAGCUAGCUACAUGUAAAGGUGUUUGAAACUGCAGCUAAGUUAACCGAUGGGAAGCCGGGUUUAGGUUACGUUGAGUGGGGCGUUGGAGGGAAGUAAAUAAUUCAAACAUUUAAAAUAUCAUAGUGCGACUGUCAACAUUAGCGUAGUGAUGUAAGAGACAUGUUCCGUGACUACUCCAGCCACAUCCAGCUCUUGUAGAGUGCACCGUGCGAGGAUCUGCCCGAUUCGGAAGUUCAGUCUGGCUUUAGACUGUUUCAUUUCUUUAGUGGUUGUUUCCACGCGAACUAGUGGGCUUAUCGGUUGAUUGGUUCGUAUCGACGCUUUUGGGAAUGCAGCUAGCUGGCUAGCUAGUUGCCAGGCAAACGUAAUGCAAUUCAGCAGGGGAAGGAAACGAGAAGAGUCGUUGCCGUUGCGGUCCAGACAAAGAAAUGCGACGAUAGCUGGACAGAAUCAAUGAGCGCUAAAUCGAUAACGUUUUUCGGAGGGGAAACACUUGUGUUCAGAUAAUAACAGGCAAGAGAGAUUUUGGCAAAGUAACGUAGGUUAACGUUCACCGGGGCGGAAUAUGGCAUCAUCCAGAGCUAAGAGUGGAGUGAACAAUGAAAGCAGUUCAUUUCGGGAGGGUGCCAACAGCACUGCCGGUGGCACAGACAGUCCCACAGCCAGUCCCACACUGGCUGCGGCGGCAUCACUGUCAGUCACCAACAACAGGACAUACUCACUUGAUGACUUGGAUACCGUCGCUACAGUUGGCACGGGCACCUUUGGCCGGGUCUUCCUGGUGAAGGAUAAGAAGGCCCGGGGCUACUUCGCCCUGAAGGCCAUGAAGAUCCCCGACGUGAUCCGGCUGAAGCAGGAGCAGCACGUCCACAACGAGAAGGCCGUGCUGACGGAGGUCUGCCACCCCUUCAUCAUCCGGCUGUUGUGGACGCACCAUGACGAGCUGUUCCUCUACAUGCUGAUGGACUACGUGCCGGGCGGCGAGCUCUUCAGCUACCUCCGCAGCCGGGGCCGCUUCAACAACGCCACGGGCCUCUUCUACUCGGCCGAGAUCGUGUGCGCCAUCGAGUACCUGCACACCAAGGAGGUGGUGUACCGGGACCUGAAGCCCGAGAACAUCCUGCUGGACAGCGAGGGCCACAUCAAGCUCACAGACUUCGGCUUCGCCAAGAAACUGGCCGACAGGACCUGGACUCUGUGCGGGACCCCAGAGUACCUGGCCCCGGAGGUGAUCCAGAGCAAAGGGCACGGCCGGGCCGUGGACUGGUGGGCCCUGGGGGUCCUGAUCUUCGAGAUGCUGGCUGGGUAUCCGCCGUUUUUUGAUGACAAUCCAUUUGGCAUCUAUCAGAAGAUCCUCGCUGGAAAACUGGACUUCCCUCGCCAUCUGGACUUCUACGUCAAAGACCUCGUCAAGAAGUUCCUGGUUAUCGACAGGGCCAGGAGGCUAGGGAACAUGAAGAACGGAGCGGAGGAUGUGAAGAAACACAGGUGGUUCAAGUCCGUGGACUGGGACGGAGUGCCCCAGAGGAAGCUGAAGCCUCCCAUCGUUCCCAAAGUGUCUCACGAGGGGGACACAUCCAACUUUGACGCGUACCCUGAAGAUGACUGGAAGAAGGAGCCUCCUGUGCCUGCUAAGGACCUGGAGAUCUUCAAGAAUUUCUGAGGAGGCUUGGGAAGCAAGCCCCUGUCACAGAGCAUCCUACGGAUGAACGAGUGAGGAGUUUUCUGCCUGUCUUAUACUUCCGAGCCUGUUUUCAUUAUGCAAGCAUCUUCUCAAACGAUCCCUCUGGAAACUGAAGACCUUCUUUCUUUCAAUGUGUGUGAAGCACAAUAAUCAGGUCAUUCUUUAUUAUCUUGUUGGACAAAAAAAAAAAGACUUUUUCGGAUAAUUUCACUCACUGUUGGAAAGAAAAAUGUUACAUUACCUCUGAGAUCGCUUUGAACUUUACAACAGUAUGUAUAUACUGGGGCGGUGGGGUGGUAUGCAAGUACGUGGAUUGUCUAACUCUUAAUUGUUCGUACUUGAACUUUUGUCGGAGGGUGAAUGUUUACCAGCACAACGAGCCUUUGUGCUUUGCGCUAAAUCAAAGGCAGAGCCAAUGCGAAAACAGGGUGUCGAAUCAUUGUCAUGCCAGUGUGGGCCAUGCCCACAACGAUCGCACGCGUUUACAAAGUAGUUACAGAGAUUCGCAAUGAAAGGCCGCCUUAUGUCAUAAGAGAGGCAAGGGAGCGUGAAUAACCAAACGGUACACUACACAACCAAUAAAGGCUAUGUUUAGAUACCGUGGCCAGUGGCGUAAAAGACAAACAUCUUCUGGGAGUAUGCGAUAUCCAGUUCUUCCUUUUUUUAUUUAUUGUUAUUAUUUGACUUGCACUUAUCUCUGCAGUAUCUCCGGUUCAGUGCUUUGUUACUGUAUCUGUAACCGUUUAGCGAAUUGUAUCUUUAGGCUUUCGGUUCUUUAGGUUCAAUAAGGCUGUCAUUGACUAAUUAUUAAUAAUGAGGUCCAAUAAACAGCUAAGCAGGUGUUACUCAUUUAUGAACUGGGCCUUGUUGAGGGCCAGAGGCCAUGACGGGACUCCUCGGAGGAUCAAGGUGAAGAGGCUUCCUCUGCUCGCAUCUCAUUACCGAUGAAAGAGGCUUUUAGACCUCUCCAGGACAAGCACAAUUUCACUUACCUACAGGCUUGCUUUAUCCUUCAGUCAAAUCAUUUACA